AUGCCCGCUGAGUCAGCUGAGCCUGGGAAGAGGAGUCCGGGAGCAGGGUGCAGUAAGGAGCUUUCGCUUUCGCCUGCGCCCAAAGGCCCCCCGGCCCUCACGCACUCUCCGCCGAUCCCCAUGCCAAGCCCCGCAGCCAGCGGGGAAAAAUGUUGGAGAGUUCGCUCGCCGCAAAGCACGCCACAACGCCCUCGCCAAGCCAAUAUUCCUCUUCUUGGCGCGGGUCCUCUCUGGCCCGGCAGUCGAUGGGAUCUAGCCCGCCCUGGAGGCCCCAGGGGGGAUCGUCAGGCUGUGCCCGUCGUCGUCGUCGUCGUCGUCGUCGUCGUCGUUCGUGUUCUGUCGAUCAAGGACUGCGCGGCUGCGACUGUCUAUGUAGGUCUGCUGGUUGAUCUGCUGCGGCUGUGCUGUGUGCGACGCGGAGCGGGAUUUGCACGUUCCAAGCCCUCCCGCCAAGCCCCGUCGAACAAAUGCGGAUCAUUCCGGGGUCCAUAUCUCUCUACCUACCCGCCAAGCAUGGACACAUCACUCCCCAUACCACACUGCUUCGGGGCAAAGAAGGCGCGCAAGAGAGAGCUGGACUUGCGCAUAUGUGCAACAAUAGCUGAUAUAGGGGAUCCACCCUCCACGCCAACAAUUGGUAAUCGAUCAUACAAUCGCCCUUCUCCGCCCCACACCUGCCUCCCUCCCUCCACUCCUCAACGUCCAUCUCCACAGCAAACCCAUCUCCAUCAGAACUUACCACGCGCCCACGGCCCUCCCUAUGCACAUGGUGUCUGUAAGUUCUUGAAGAAUGCCCGAAGCAAAACUGCAGGGUAA